GCUAGCAACGCUCAAUACCGUGCGCCCUUAAAUCAAAAUGGCAUUGUGUUGGUGUCUGGGCUGGGAGACUGCACAAGGAAUUCUCUUUACAGCGAGUGGGUUCUGCAUUCGGGACAGUCCCUGACCUCUCUAUCUCUCUGAUCGGAGACACUGGCGAACUGGAAGCGCGAUCUUCAGUCGCAAAGAGCGAAAGCAACAGAGGAGGGCGGAGUGGAGCGUGUCCCUGUGAUGGAGAGCGGAAUGCAGCUGCUGAACCGUGACGGGCACAGCAUCUCGCACAACUCCAAGCGGCACUACCACGAUGCCUUCGUCUCCAUGAACCGCAUGAGGCAGCGCGGACUGCUGUGCGACAUCGUGCUGCACGUGGGUAACAAGGAAAUCAAGGGCCACAAACUGGUGCUAGCCUCCUGCAGCCCUUACUUCCACGCCAUGUUUACCAAUGAGAUGAGUGAGAGUCGUCAAACACAUGUGACGUUGCAUGAUAUCGACCCGCAAGCCUUGGAGCAGCUCAUACAAUAUGCGUACACGGCCGAGAUUGUAGUCGGAGAAGGAAACGUGCAGACGCUGCUUCCUGCCGCAAGCCUCCUGCAGCUGAACGGGGUCCGGGACGCCUGCUGCAAAUUCCUCCUGAGCCAGCUCGACCCGUCCAACAGCUUGGGAAUCCGGGGAUUCGCCGACACACAUUCCUGCAGUGAGCUGCUGAAGUCCGCGCACAAGUACGUGCUCCAGCACUUUGUGGAGGUUUCCAAGACCGAGGAGUUCAUGUUGCUGCCACUUAAACAGGUGCUCGAUCUUAUCUCCAGUGACAACCUUAACGUCCCAUCAGAAGAAGAGGUCUACAGGGCGGUGCUGAGUUGGGUCAAGCACGAUGUGGACAGCAGGCGCCAGCACGUUCCUCGAUUGAUGAAAUGCGUGCGCCUGCCGCUGUUGACCCGGGAUUUUCUGAUGAGCAAUGUGGACACGGAGCUGCUGGUCAGACACCACUCGGAGUGCAAGGACCUCCUCAUCGAGGCCCUCAAGUACCACCUCAUGCCCGAGCAGCGUGGCGUGCUGAGCAACGGCAGGACCAGGCCCCGGCACUGCGAAGGGGCCAGUCCCGUGCUCUUUGCUGUGGGUGGUGGCAGCCUGUUUGCCAUCCAUGGAGACUGCGAAGCCUAUGACACGAGGACGGACCGAUGGCACAUGGUGGCCUCCAUGUCCACGAGGCGAGCGCGGGUUGGCGUGGCAGCGAUUGGGAACGGACUCUACGCAGUGGGGGGGUACGAUGGGACUUCCGACCUGUCCACCGUCGAGUCCUACGAUCCGGUCACCAAUUCCUGGCAGCCGGAGGUCGCCAUGGGAACGAGACGGAGCUGCCUUGGCGUGGCGGUACUGCACGGCUUGCUCUAUGCAGUGGGUGGAUAUGAUGGUGCAUCAUGUUUAAACAGUGCGGAGAGGUUCGACCCACUGACAGGAACCUGGUCGUCCAUUGCUGCCAUGAACACAAGGAGGCGCUAUGUCAGGAUUGCAACAUUAGAUGGAAACCUCUACGCUGUUGGUGGAUAUGACAGCUCCUCGCACUUAGCCACGGUGGAAAAAUACGACCCUCAGACCAACACCUGGAGCACCAUCGCCAACAUGCUGAGUCGGCGGAGUAGCGCAGGGGUGGCCGUGCUGGAGGGGAUGCUGUACGUCGCCGGGGGCAACGAUGGCACCAGCUGCCUUAACUCCGUGGAGAGAUACAACCCAAAGACCAACACCUGGGAGAGUGUGGCGCCCAUGAACAUCAGGCGGAGCACGCAUGACCUGGUGGCGAUGGACGGGUGGCUCUACGCGGUCGGCGGGAACGACGGGAGCUCCAGCCUUAACUCUAUCGAGAAGUACAACCCUCGCACCAACAAGUGGGUGGCAGCUUCCUGCAUGUUCACCCGGCGCAGCAGUGUGGGAGUGGCCGUACUGGAACUGCUCAACUUCCCCCCUCCCUCCUCGCCCACUCUCUCAGUCUCUUCCACCAGCCUCUAACGCUGGAGAUGACAACCAGCCAUUACCUCAGUAUCAACACACAUACACACACACACACGUGCGCAUGUACAUGCACACAUACGUACACAGGCACGCACACACAUUCACGCACACAUACACAUAUUCACAUACACACACAUUAACAUGCACAUACACACACUCAUUCACAUGCAGAUACACAGCCACAUGCACAAGCACAGAUACACACUACAUACACUAAUGCACAUACACACGCAUAUACAUGCAGACACACUCACACACACACAUACACACUCUCACAAUCACAUGUCCACUCACACAUUCACUUACAAGCACACAAACCCGUGCACAUACAAACGCACAUACACACACACAAAACAUAUGUACUCACACAUACACACACACACUCACACUCACGCACACACACUCUCACACACACACACACUCACACACACACACACACACACUCACUCACUCACACACACACACACACACACACACACACACACACUCACACACACACACACACACACACACACACACACACACACACACACACACACACACACACACACACACACACACACACACACACACACACACACACACACACACCUUAAAGCAACCAGCCUCUGCCAGGGUACUUUGGUAAGGAGGCUGUCUCUGGUGCAAGUUACUCUUAGAUAUCAUCAGCAUCCACAUCAGCAACAAGCCACGUGCCGAGGGUGAGGGGAGCGUGACCGCACUGUGCCGCUACUGCCACGCCGGAUGCAGUGAAACACCGCGGCCACCGCCUGACCGCCCGCCACACGAGGGGGGGGGGGGGGGGGUGGGGGUUGUUAUUGGAGGUGACUGGUGCCAGUUCUGGAUCCUCCAGAUCACGGACGGGGUUCUGAAUUCCUCUCAUCCCGACGUCACCUCAAGAGGUCGGGAAUUGCCGCGAUUGGCGACGGAGUCACCGGGAGCUCGGCCAAUUACCGAGAGAAUCCACAAGAAAACCUCCCCCCCCCCCCCCCCCCCCCC